AUGUUCCCGUACAAGAAGCCAUCUCAGAUCCAGGAACUGCCCCGCGAUCAACAUAACCACGAUAAACCACGCAACUACGACACUUGGCUUGUUCAAAAGUAUAUCACUACAGCAGAGCAUUCGAAGAACAUCUUUAAACCCGGCACCUUCCUUUAUAUUUGCUUGGCUGCACUGCUAGAACUCCAUCUCUCUUUUGCGCCUAUGCACGUGGUUGACAUUAGUACGGAAGGCUUAGGAGUCCGGGUACCUCUCAAAUAUCGCGGCUAUUACGACGUGACUACCCAAAAAUUCUCCGCUCAACACAUAGAUCCGGAACGUGGAUGGUCUCGGUUAAGAGGAGAGCUCGAUGAAGAACGGGCUACGCUUAGCUGGAUGACCCGCUUCUUCCGGAAAUACUUUGACCACGACGACCAAGAUCUUCAAGCUGCUUUUGGAGACAUUAAGGAGCAGUUCGAAUUACGAGUGCAACGUAUGGAACGAGCCGAGGCACAGCUCAGAGACCACAUGGCAUCGCGAGGCAUAAGCCAGAGUUGCCGCAUGGCGGAAAUGAGCAUCCGCGAGAGCAAAAGAGUAAUGCUGUUAACAGCUCUCGCAUUUGUGUUCUUACCUGUCUCCCUUGCCUCCUCUAUAUACGGCAUGGUAUAG